AUGUCUCAGGAGAAUGACACAUGGAAGAAAGAGGUGCUGGGGGAUGAGCUCAUCGCCAUGAGGCUGCAGAAGCUGGAACAGCAGAGACGGCUCUUUGAGAAGAAGCAGCGGCGGAAGCGCCAAGAGCCCCUCAUGGUUCAGGCCAAUCCCGACGCUUCCCUGUGGCCCCGGCGACCAUGGCGACGGGAGGAGCGCCUCGCGGGUGACAGCAGCCUUGGGAACCCUUUCCUCCAGGAAAACGUGCCAGAGGCACACCUGCGCUCUGGUGUCCACAGUGCCCUGGGCAUCGUGAGCUGCGGCGGAGAUGGCAGCGGUGAGCGUGGCCCACUGGCAUCGCCGACAGGAGGAGGUAAUCUCGAAUCCUUGGGCCGCCUGUACCUUAGAACUACACUCUCACCAGAAUCCAGGAAUCCUGAAACUACUACUUCUCCAACACUCAGGAAUCUCAAUCUCCAGUCCCUUUCCUUCUCCUGGCUGCCAGACAAUUCCGAUCCAGAGGUGGAGGAAGUUUCCGUGGAGGAUGUCCCCGCUUCUCCACCUCCUUAUAAAGAGCCUCCAGGGACUCGACGCAGGGGUUGGCCAGCCCACCAACGACCUGGGGCCAGUGCGGAGGAAGAGAGUGAACCCCAGGAUGUUGGAAAUGAAUACGAGGCCCCCAGUCCACAACCAAACCCAGGCAUGGAUGCUGACCUGGGACGCGGAAACUUGGCCUCCAACAAGGGCGAAGACCUGGAAGAGAAGAAAGAGGAGUCGGAGUCCAGAGUGAGGACGUCCCCACCGGCAGCCGAAGAGGUGUCCGAGACCCCGGAAGGCGAGGUCGGCGCGGGAAGCAGUGAUGUGGGCAGCUCGCCCCGCGCGCCUCUCCGCGCGCCAGGCCCUCGUCUGGGAGAGGACAUGGAAGCUUAUGUGCUGCGGCCGGCGGUGCGCGGCCGCACAAUGCAGUGUUGCAUCAGCCGCGACAAGCGCGGCGUAGACAAGGGCAUGUUCCCUUUCUACACUCUCUACCUGGAGGCCGCCGAAGGCCGGAAGCACUUCCUCCUGGCUGGGCGCAAGAGAAAAAGAAGCAAAACCUCAAAUUACCUCAUUUCCCUGGACCCCACAGACCUGUCUCGGGAUGGGGACAACUUUGUGGGCAAAGUCAGAUCUAAUGUCUUGGGCACCAAGUUCACCAUCUUUGACAAUGGGGUAAAUCCUGAAAGGAAGAAUUUCUUCCCGGAGACCACUCGGAUCAGAGAGGAGCUGGGGGCUGUGUGUUAUGAAACCAACGUCUUGGGAUUCCGAGGGCCCCGGAAAAUGACUGUGAUCAUUCCAGAAAUCAAUGCCCAGAACCAGAGAAUCCGUGUCCAACCUCAAAACGAACAGGAGUCGCUACUGAGUCGCCUCCAAUGCGGGGCCCGUCAGGGGCUGGUCCUGCUGCAAAACAAAGCCCCGUCGUGGAGCAACGAGAGCGGCUCCUACGUACUCAAUUUUCACGGCCGAGUCACUCGGGCCUCGGUCAAGAACUUCCAGAUCGUGCAUCCGGAUGACCCCGACUACCUGGUGCUCCAGUUCGGCCGCGUGGCCCCAGACACGUUCACCAUGGAUUUCCGCUUCCCACUUUGCCCACUCCAAGCCUUUGCCAUCUGCUUGUCCAGUUUCGGUGGCAAGCUAGCAUGUGAGUAAUGCAAUGAAAU